CUUCUCGCAGCAUUCGAGUUUGAAAUCCGUCUCCAAGAAACGACGACGACAGCCGCAACCCCCACAGCAACAGAGCCCCCCCAGAUGACCACUCUCUCCACCCCGCUCGACCAACUCCCCAUUGAUUGUAUUCUGCUCAUUAUCGACUGGCUCACCCUCCCCGCCAUCUCAAACCUCUCCCUGACCGCCAAAACAUUCCACACCCUCACCCGCACGAACGCCGGCCGCAUCUACGCCUCACUGGUCAGCCACUCCCUCCCGCGCCCACUCAAACUCUGCUACGAUUCCGCCAAGGGCGAGCUGCCGUUCAGGCGGGACGAUAUCCUCGUCGAGAGCCGGUUGUUCGCCAAAGCGCGGGCUGCGACCGCAACGGGGAAGAAUGGCAAGCUGAACAAGUCGUGGGCGGAUGGACGCGGCGGGGAGGGCGAGUGGAUGGGCGAAGGCGGGUGGAAUGCGGCGCUGUAUCAUUUCUUGAGACGGAGGGAGCGGUUGGUCGUUACGGGGGAGAAGAGUGCGGUUGUGGAGAGGUUGGCGGGUGAUCCGAGGGCUGCGAGGCAUCUGCUGGAGAAUGGGGUGAGGAUGGGCACGGUUGAUCCGGACGAUCCGGGCGUGAUGGCUGUGUGUGGCGGGCAUGUGCCGUUGAGUCGGAGUAGCAGUACGGGGAGCGGUAUCAGCGUUGAGGGUGUGGCGCCUGCUCAUGGACACUCUGCUACAUCGUCCACCAUCUCACCACCACCGGCAGCUUCGUCCGCCCCACCCCUCAACCCAAGCAAACCCCCAACCCACCUAACCCCAAUAUUACAAACCGAAUCGCUCCGCGCCAACCUCCUCCUCCACUCCGCCGUUGAAACUCUCAGGCUCUUUGGCUGCGCGGCCACAAAAGCCUCCAAAUCCUCCCCCGGUCACUCCUUCAUCGCCUGCAAAUACGUCCCCUGGAUCCUCGCCGAGCUGCACACCGCCGAGCUACGAGUCGUCAUGUGGGCUGUCCUCAACCUGGGAGGAUUGAGCUUUACGGAACCGAGUCGGAGGUGGAGACAUGAUGCGAUGGGGUUUGAGGUUGCCGAUUUUGAGAGGGUCUAUUUGCGGCCGUUUUUGAAGAAGGCGCUUGCUGAUAGGGGCGAUUUUUGGGAUGAAGUGUGACAUUUUGGGAGGAGAAUCCGGGAGGAUGAAACGGCUGUUGGGGCAGGUGUGGUGGGACGUGGGACAAAUCGACCGGUGGGGUCGUUGUUGCUUUUUGGCCUGUAUCUUUUUCCGUACUUUUUGUUCACUAGUGUCUGCUCUUGCCCGCAAUUUUCGACAUGUAUACCCAUAUAAUCCUAUCCAUUAGGGAACUGGUGAACAAUUAUGAACCAAAGGCGUUGGAUGGACCUGGGCACUGCUGAGAAGAGCCUUCCUUUUUUUUUCAAAUUUACCCCGAGGGUUCAGGGUCCUGAUGGGAUUUUGCACACAACGACGCG